AUGGCCGGAACGCUGUCCCAUAUCCUCGAUGGCCCUGGCAGCGAUCUUCGGCCUCUGUCCGCGCCUGAAUCUUUGUCUGGGUCUCUGUCUGGGUCUCAACCUGCACCUGCGCCUGUGCCUGUCUCUGAGACAUUUGUGGCGGCAAAGCAACAAACUGUGGGCUCCGAUGCUAUCGCUACAAGUAUAGCAGCGCCGGCGCCAUCGAAUCCGACGACCCAAAGUCACAUCAUCAUGCAGGCUGUUCCGUCAUCCACCACGCCUGGUCCUGCUUCAACAACUUCUCCAGGGACGCGUACUGCUGCUGGCACUACCAUUUCUGCUCCAGGUACGACUACCGACCCAUUCGCCAGCAGUGUCACCGGCGAAACUCCAGCACCAGCACCCCACCAGAGCCAUCAGAACAACAACCCUUAUGCUUGCCGCGACUGUGGGCGCUCAUACUCGCGGCCAGAGCACCUCGUUAGGCACGUUCAGACGCACACCUUGGGUCGGCGCUUUGCUUGCGAAAUCUGCCACAAGUCGUUUGCGCGGAAGGAUCUGUUGAGGAGGCAUGUUACCAACCAUGAGAACGAUUCGCCCAAGAAGCGGCAACGACUGGUUUCGACUCCCAACUCUAGCCGCGUCACCCAGGCCUGCCGCCCUUGCGCCGCUGCGCGAGUCAAGUGCGACGAAACUAAGCCGUGCAGACGCUGUGUCAGCCGUAACUUGGCAUGUUCUUCUUUCGAGACCAGCCCAGGCUCUUCUACCCAUCUUCCUCACCUCUCAGGGAGCGGACAGGAUGCCCCUGUACAAAAUCAACCGAAUAGCGGCUCUUAUAUAGCAUCCGCAGAUUCGACUUCUACGUUUCAGAAUGCCCCUAUGAACUUUAUCCGCGAUAACACAACCAGCAAGAGUAGCCCUCUAUCGCAAACCAACUCAUCAAGGCAAGAUGAUAUUAGCCAGUUGACAACUCCGGAUACUGGAGUGGAGUCAGGCCAUACUCUUAGCCAGGCAGCUCACCCACACAACUCGGCGAAAGCUGGCCCUAUGGACUUUAACACCAUCCCGUUUUUCAAUUUCCUACGCGAUGUCCUUUACCAGCAGCCUUUGGAUCUGCCGCGGCCAACCGAAUCUCAAAGUCCAGCCGUGUUAGAUUUUUGCGACAACAUGAACAUGGAUCUUACCGAAAUGGACUUUGGCCUCCUCGACCACUGGAAUCUAGAUCUAGAGGACGGCGGAGCUCUGAUAACUCCUGCUUUGGUUGGUCAAAAUCCCCAAAACUCGGCUGAAAUGUCCUCGAUGCGACAGAAUCUUGCCAAUGUCUGGGGAGAUUUGCCGUGGAAAUGGGAGCCGACUGCCAAGGAUAGUGGCUAUACGGAGCAGGGUAACCUGCCCAUCUCCGCCAAAGAUCUUUCUAAUGCGCAGUUUCAGGAAACAAAGAAAAACCUUGAGCGAGUCGUUGAUCAAAAGCUGAAUCUUUCCAGCCGCGACCAGAUCCUGGCCAUCAUCUUAAAGACUUGUCGCGAUCCUUCGACGGCCGGCAGGGUGGCUGCCUCUUUUCCAACAGUGGACGUGAUGGAUACGAUGAUGCAAGUUUUCCUAGCCGCCCAUCUUCGACAGGUAUCGACAUGGAUACACUUCCCUACCCUUAAGCUUAAUUCGCUGUGGCCUGAAUGGGUUGGGAAUGCUGUGGCUGCUGGUGCUGUGCUGAUGCCGGCCCCGACGUUGCGCAAGUUUGGAUUUGCCAUCCAAGAGGCAGUUCGCAUAACCAUUCCUGCAAGAUUUGAAGAAAAUAACACCGCUAUCCAAAACCUUAGUUUGGUCCAAUCACUCAUUUUGGGGCAGGAUAUUGGUCUAUGGAGCGGUAACCGCAGAAAGAUGGAGAUUGCCGAGUGUCAUUUGGUGAUCCCUGUGACGAUGAUGAGAUAUCGACGAUUUUUCCAGCGGCACAUGUAUCCUAUAAUCACGGUCGAUCCCUCAGACGAGGGUGAGCUACUACAACAAAAGUGGAUGAAGUGGGCAACUGCGGAGCAAUGGAAGAGACUAGCAUACCACUGCUACAUCCGAGAAGCCCAGUUAUCGAUGACGGCAUUGACAAAUCCCUGCAUGUCGUAUUCUGAGUUGACGCUGCCACUGCCAGAACGGAAGGAAUUGUGGUUGGCAAAAUCGGCGUCUGAGUGGAAGACACUUUACUUAUCGGGGACGGCUGGACAACAAAAUUCAAGAUUGCCAUCAAUCGCCGACGCAUAUCGAGACGUACGCCAGCUUGCUGAUAACUCUGCACGGAUUGACACGCAACUGUCUGUGUCAAUCUUUCUCCACGGCUUUUGGUCAAUGAUUUUUGAAUACUCUCAGCUAAGUGUAGUGCACCAAUUUCGGAGCUACACCAAAGAAAAGCCAAACUCUAUGCUGAACUCCAGACGCCAAGAGCUCCUAAGAGAUCUACAGUCGUUUCAGUUUAGCUGCUCAGAUUUAUCAGGCGUCACCCCUCAAGAACACAUCGUGUUAAACCUUCUCAUGAUGCACCUUUACGUGUCUCUAGAUGACCUACAAAUCUUUUCAGGCAAACAGGGAGAAGAAGAAGCCCGUCGCAUGUACCCCAUUUUGCAACAGUGGACAGCUAAUCCCGAGUCAUGGUUCGCGGUUUGGUGCGCGGGACAGAUCUUGCGGCAUGCAAAACUGUUUCCUCUCGGCCAGCUGAAAGAUUUCUAUGCCAUAGCAGUCCAUCAUGCCGCGCUUGCUCUAUGGACCUAUGGCGUUGUGGCUCGGGCCAGCCAGCAGCAGGACAUGGCAUCGCAGUAUGGAUAUGAGCCCAUGUACCUGGAUGAAGGCAAUGCGACAUCUAUUCAGCAUUUCUUGAGCUUUGGGCAGGGGAUACCUCUUAUACAAGGACCCGCGGCCGGAUCAAGCUCGGGAGCAGCACCCGGCGAGGCGUCUGUUUACGACCCUCGUGCGUGCAUGGAUAUUGUGCAAGAGAUUUUGCAGACGAAUUUUAGAAGGCCCCAGGAUGCCUUGCCGCCUCUCGUGGAGAAUCUUUGCCAGCUGAUUAAACAGCUUGGAAACGCGGCAUGGGCGGUUGGCUUGGGGUGA